AUGCUCUUGCGCUGGAGUAACAUGCGAGUCCGCCAGAUGACUCAAUCACCCACGGUGCAUCGGGGCGCGAUAUCGCCCUCGCUCGGGACAGGGUUAGCGAAGCGCCAGUCCUAUCAUUUCGGGACCUCGUCCCCGAGGACGGUCUCACCCAGAGGCUUGGAAUGGCAAACGACAAUGUCGACUCUCCUCAAGAAAUUGAUGGCUGCGGUCGUGGCUCUGCAAGCAGUCGCAACUUUUGCAACACCAAUCUCCAACGAGGUUGUUGGCAUUGAGAAACGCGACGGCGGCUUCGCAAAUGCUGUCUACUUCACCAACUGGGGUAUUUACGGUCGUGGCUUCCAGCCUGCUGAUCUUCAAGCCUCGCAGAUCACGCAUGUGCUCUACUCGUUUAUGAACAUUCGUUCGGAUGGCAAUAUGACCCAUAGCUUUUCCGGUGAUACUUAUGCGGACUACGAGAAGCACUACCCCGCUUGGAACGAUGUCGGCAACAAUGCUUACGGCUGCGUCAAGCAACUCUACCUUCUCAAGAAACAGAAUCGUAACAUGAAAGUGAUGCUAUCGAUUGGCGGUUGGACUUGGUCUACGAACUUCCCUGCUGCUGCCAGCUCUGCUUCUACCCGAAAGACUUUUGCCCAGUCUGCUGUCAGUUUCAUGAAGGAUUGGGGGUUUGACGGCAUCGAUGUCGAUUGGGAGUACCCCGCCGAUGCCACACAGGCGCAGAACAUGAUUCUGUUGCUCCAGGCAGUUCGCGAUGAGCUCGACUCUUACGCCUCGCAAUAUGCCAAAGGCCACCACUUCCUUCUUUCUAUUGCCGCUCCCGCGGGACCUGACAAUUUCAACAAGCUGAAGCUCGCUGAACUUGGCAAGGUACUCGAUUACAUUAACCUGAUGGCCUACGACUUUGCCGGAUCCUGGAGCAAUUACACUGGUCACAACGCCAACUUGUACGCCAACCCUGGAAAUCCCAACGCAACUCCCUUCAAUACGGAUGGUGCUGUCCAGGCGUACAUCAAGGGUGGUGUUCCUGCCAACAAGAUUGUUCUCGGUAUGCCAAUCUACGGUAGAUCUUUCCAGCAAACCGAAGGCAUCGGCAAGCCAUACAGUGGAGUCGGCUCCGGUAGCUGGGAGAACGGUGUCUGGGAUUACAAGGCUCUUCCCAAACCUGGUGCUACCGUCAAGUGUGACGACACUGCCAAGGGCUGUUACAGCUACGACACAAACACCAAGGAGCUGAUUUCUUUUGACACUCCAGCUAUGGUUAGCACUAAAGUCAGCUGGCUCAAGGGCAAGGGACUCGGUGGCAGCAUGUUCUGGGAGGCUUCCGCUGACAAAAAAGGAUCCGAUUCCCUCAUUCGCAUCAGCAGCCAAGGUCUUGGAAUCCUGGACAGUGCGCAAAACUACCUCGACUACCCUAACUCAAAGUACGACAACAUCAAGAAUGGCAUGAAAUAA